AUGCCUCCGGCAGAUAGCAUGUUUCUCGGUCGCGCGAAAGGGUCUGACGCGCCAUGGGGCCAUCGAUGGCGGUCGUCUGAUGGCUUCAUCAUCAGCACGAUGGGUCUGGCAAUGUUCACUGAUGAACUGCUAUUUGCCUUCAUGAUACCUCUACUGCCUACUAUCCUAGAGGAUAGAAUCGGCUUAGAUCCAAGCCUUACCCAGCGAUACACGUCGAUAUUCCUCACAGAGGGAGCGUUUGUUUCGAUUGUAUCGAGCCCAUUUAUCGGGGAGCUGGCCGACGCGGUCUCCAGCAAAAAGAUGCUUUUAUUGACCCUCCUUGUGCUGACCUUGAUAACUACUGCCUGCCUGUCACUCACACCCCACUUGCUGUGGUUAUUUAUAGGUCGCUUCUUUCAAUCCAUUACCAGCAAUGCCUUGUGGGUCGUCGGCAUGGCCACAAUGGUGGAAAAUCUCGGGUCGGAACACAUGGGCAAGAUAGGCGGCCUGGUCUCCACGCUCCAAGCUGCAGGAACCACCGCAGGGCCAUUUCUCGCAGGCCUGUUGUUCGCAGUGGGAGGAUACUGGUCUGCGUGGGCGGCCGCGGCAGCGUUCCUCUUGGUGGAUAUCGUCAUGCGUCUCCUCAUGGUCGAAAAGUCCGAUUCUCCCUCAGCCAUAGACGGAGUACGAGAUCCUCUUCUCCAAGAUGACACAUCUACAGUGGACAGUGACCAGUCCGAUGAUUCGGUUUCUUCAGACCUGCGCGGUUGGCGAUUCCACGCCUACAUGUUUCGUCAAUCGCGGUUCGCUGCGGGAAUCUUCUGUGCGUACAUUUUUGCCGUGAUGAUGGGAUCUUUGGAAAGCACCAUCUCCGUACAUGUUAGAAUCGCAUUUGAAUGGAAAGCUUCCCAUGUGGGAAUGUUGUUGGCGAUGAUUCAGGGCCCCGGCAUUCUACUGGCAUCUUCAGUAGGCUGGAUGAAAGACCGCAUCGGUUCGCGAUUUCCAACCGCAGUGGGAUUUUUGGGAAUAGCACCUUUAAUUACGGUCUUGGGCGUCCCCGGCGACAGACUGUUUCCCUGGGUGGAAGAUGCACCCUGGGUAAAGUCCGUCUUCAUGGUGUGCAUAGCAAUGAUCGGAUGUCUAUUAUCUCUCCUAAGCGGGACUGGCACUGUAGAGACAGCUGACACGAUUAACGCCAUUGAAGAACACGAGCCUGGUAAAUUCGGUCCUUGUGGAGGCUAUUCGCGCCCCCUCGCUGUGAUCAAUAUGACCUGGAUGGCUGGGCUUAUGACCGGCCCCGUUCUGGGAGGGUUUUUAGCAGAAACGUUUGGGUAUUUUGCGCUGCACUGUUGCCUUGGGGUCGUCAGCUUUAUAGCAGGAUGUGUCGCUCUACUUUUCCUCCGCUCUGUUCCGUAUGCAUCCACUGGGCAGUAA